ACACAACAAUACUCUGUCAUACAUCCAAAUCGAAAGUGCAGUAUUAGAGAACCUCAGGAAUGGACAAAAACCCUUUCAGAGUAGUCAUCUUUCCUUUAUUAGCAUUUUUAAGCUCAGAAGUCACAUCUAUCAUGUUAUUUCAGGCACAACUUCUGCAAGUUUUUUUAAGAGAUUAUGCAUUGAACUUAUCAGGACAGGAAAUGAAUGCUGUACAUUGAAAUAGUUUCGGUUUGCUUGGCUUCCCAAUAUAACAACCCUAUAUGCUUGCAUGGGGAUUUAUAUGGCAUCUGAAUGGCAUGUACUUUGACCUGUAAAAUACAGCAGUUAAUGAACUCCUCACGAGGAAGUGUCACCUGUGUGAACUAAAACAAUAAAGUCUCAGUCUCUAUUUCUUUCACUGGUAAAUACAUUUAAAAGGCGAACAAAGACACGUCAUUAUAAAGAAGACGAUAUUUGAUUGUUAUAAACGACAGUGGAUUUGAGCAGGUGAUGUUUUGAAGCAUAGCAGUGUUGGACCACGGAUAUCCGAAUAAUCGGACCUGAAAGAUGAGUCAUAAUGAAUGUAGACAUGAAGACGUCUCCAUUUGGCUGCAUUGCUUUUUCCGGCCAGUUCCUUGUGAUAUUCAGCAUCUUUCCUCUUCGGCUGGUCACCGCCUUCCCAGAGGCUGCCAUAGAGCAGUUUUGUAGAGAUCCAGGUGUUCCUGAGCAUGGAAGCAGAACAGCUAGUUCUGGGGUGUUUUUUGAGAACGCUGUGGCGAGAUUUUCUUGCUUAGAUGGAUACAGACUAAAAGGAGCAUCAAAGAUCACCUGCGUUUCGUUUCCUAACGGUUCAAAGGGAUGGAGACCAAGCCUUAAACCAGUGUGCCUUCCAGAAGAAUGUCUUCCUCCAUAUAUUGAGGGUGCUGAUAUUGCUAAUAAGACCUACAGGCCAGGGGAUAACCUAAUUAUCAGAUGUCGUGAGGGAUUUCAAAUCCGCUAUCCAGACACAGACAGUAUGGAAUCAGUUUGCCAAGAAGAUGGAACGUGGGACAAUCAGCCCAUCUGUCAAGGCUGCCUGCGUCCUUUGAUUCCUCCUCAUAGUUACAUGAACAUCUCUGAUACAGAGUUCUCCAUGCCGAUUGGAACAGUAGUACACUAUCAAUGUUUUCCAGGUUAUAAGCUGGAGGGUGCAGAAUUACUGGAAUGCAUGUAUAGUCUCAUAUGGUCUGAUGUACCACCCCGGUGCCUUGACGUUGAAGCAUGUCCCUUACCUCCAAUGGUGGAGCAUGGGGAUUACAUAUGCCAUCCACAGCCGUGUAACCGCUAUAUCCAUGGGACAGUAGUGGAGUUCUACUGUGAUCCUGGCUACUCUUUAGUAAAUGACUACAAAUACAUCACCUGUCAAUAUGGGCAGUGGUUUCCUCAGAUGCACAUCUACUGUGUUCAAGAUGAGACCACAUGGCCUGGCUUUCAGGAAUCAUUACUGCAUGCAUGGAAACCAGUGGCAUUCACUACCUCAAGUGUGCUGUUAGCCUUGUUCCUAGUCAUCAUAGCAAAAAUGUCCCACUGCAAAUGCAAGAGCAAUCGGAAUUCAAGUGAAGAACGAGAGGAUUCCAGGGGUCCAAAUGUUAUAAUAGUGGAUGGUGUUGCCAUACCCCUACCUUCCUACGAGGAGGCAGUCAGUGGUUCAUGCUACCAGCCCCCGCAAGUGCUGCCCUCGGUUGAUCCAGGACCCACACAGACCUUAGAAGAACAGGGCCCUCCUUCAUACCCAGGGCUAGCAGAAAGUCAGAACGACGCUCCAUUGGACACUGGAGAUGCUGAAACCGGUGACACCAUCUCAGAGCCAUCAGAGUGUCUACAAGCUAUGCAUCCAUCUUCUUCACAUGAUGUUUGCUUGAGCAAUGUAUCUGAGAAGACUAAUGCAAUCACCUCCAUGGAGGAAACUGCUUCAACGAGUCCCAGCAUAGAUAUUGCUGAUGAAAUUCCUCUUGUGGAUGGUGGUGAAGAGGACUUCUGAUGCUGUUGAUUUUCACCAUUCAAUUUUAGAUUUUCCCACUGCUGUAUUUAGAUGUUUCUGCACUCCAAAUUGGUUUAAUACCAGCCCAUUCAUCUCUUUUACAUUCGAGCUGUUAUUAUGGCCAACAUUCAAUAUAUUAGCAAGGCAAUAAAGGCAAUAAUAACAUCAUAUAUUUAGUUCCUCGUGCUUGGAUCAUGGGCAAAACAAACCUAUGCAUUUGUAGUUAAACCAGUUUGUUUCAGUAUGAAUUUCACAUUAUUUAUCAAAUACAACAGUUACAACCAAAGGAGAAAUCACAUUUUACAUCUAGGGAUUAAAAAUCUAAUUCUGCUUUUUAUCAGUCAAAUGUGUCUGGCAAGUCUUUACAUACUGCAUAAAAAAUAUACCAUGAAAGAUAACUGCUUUGAGGUUAAAAUCUGUAAAAUCUAUUUCAGAGAUGACUAAGCAUACAUAUUAAUUUAAAUUUCACUAUUUGAAAAUUGUGUUCACAACAGAUAUCAUUCAUGUUUGCUGCUUACAAAUACAAACUAUAUAUAUAUAAAAUGAAACCCAAGUUUCUUAAUUUAUUUUGUAAUCUGUUUUAUUUGUUUAAGCAAGACCACAAUGUAUUCUGUUCUACCAGAGUCUACCUGACUUUAAUAAAAUAAUAGCUGGUUCUACUAA